GUCCGGGCAUGCUGGGAGUUGUAGUUUUGCAGCUGCUGGGGCCACACUGAAUGGGAAACACUGCUAUAGAGCAUUAGAUGAAAUAGAUGAUGUUGCCAAUAGCAACAACAAUUUUCGGAGAUGUGAUACCAGAAAAUUCUCUGCUAUGCUUCUAUUGGGUUGGGUGAAGAGCAGAAGGAGUUUCAGAAAGUGGCUUUCGACUUUGCCGCCAAUGAGAUGGCUCCGAACAUGGCGGUAUGGGAUGAAAAGGAAAUAUUCCCGGUGGAGACCAUGCGGAAGGCAGCACAGCUCGGCUUUGGUGGAAUUUACACCCAUCCUGAGGUUGGAGGGUCAGGACUGUCUCGUCUGGAUACGUCCAUUAUUUUCGAGGCGCUGUCUACAGGCUGUGUCAGCACCACGGCGUACAUGAGCAUCCACAAUAUGUGCGUUUGGAUGAUCGAUACAUUUGGGAACGACGAGCAAAGACAUCGAUUCUGUCCCCCUCUCUGCAGUAUGGAGAAGUUUGCGUCUUACUGUCUGACAGAGCCAGGUAGUGGAAGUGAUGCGGCUUCUUUGCUGACGUCCGCAAAACGAGAUGGUGAUCACUACAUCUUGAACGGAUCUAAGGCGUUUAUCAGCGGUGGUGGAGACACAGAUGUAUAUGUAGUGAUGUGUAGGACAGGAGGCAGUGGGUCUCGGGGCAUCUCCUGCCUGGUGGUGGAGAAAGGGACACCGGGGCUCAGCUUUGGAAAGAAAGAAAAAAAGGUCGGGUGGAACUCUCAGCCAACUCGGGCAGUGAUAUUCGAGGACUGUAUUGUUCCGGUAAGAAACCGACUCGGCGAGGAAGGUCAAGGCUUCGCGAUAGCAAUGAAAGGACUGAAUGGUGGAAGGAUAAACAUAGCAUCCUGUUCACUCGGAGCAGCCCACGCCUCAGUAUUACUUUCUCGAGAUCACCUCUCUGUGCGGAAACAGUUUGGAGAGCCCCUGGCUAAUAAUCAGUAUCUACAAUUCCGACUAGCCGAGAUGGCGACACAGCUGGUAACGGCACGUCUUAUCGUACGCCAUGCUGCUCAAGCUCUGCAGGAUGGAUACAGCGAUGCGGCAACACUCUGCGCUAUGGCAAAAUUAUAUGCUACAGAUGAAUGUUUUAAGGUCUGUAACCAGGCUCUGCAGAUGCAUGGGGGUUAUGGCUACCUAAAGGAUUACGCUGUUCAACAGUUUGUUCGGGAUAUUCGUGUUCACCAGAUCCUUGAGGGAACCAAUGAGGUGAUGCGAAUGAUCGUGGCCAGAAACAUUUUGCAAGGAUGAAGAAUGGAAUCUCGCCCUCCUUUGCAUCACAUGAAGCUCAACAUUAGGAGGACAAUACCUAAGGAGAACAAUGCUCGUUCAGCUGCUUCAUACACAGAACUGAUGAGCAAACACAUGAACUGCAUUUUGCUUAGGACUGGGAACAUUUUUCGGCUAAAAGCUAAAUUCAAACAUGGCAGAAAUGACAGAGAUUUUACCUGCAGAUUUGAACAUAAGAUUUACAGAGGAUUGAAGGGGUACUCCACUGCCCCAGUGUUUGAACAUUUUGUUCUGAACAGUGGGUGUGGGUUGUGACACCACGUCCACGCCCUUCGUGAUGUCACGACUAUGCCCCCUCAAUGCAAGUCUAUGGGAGGGGACCUGGCAGCCACAAUGCUCCCUCCCAUAGACUUGCAUUGAGGGGGCGGGUCCAUGACAUCACGACCCCGCAGCCUGCACCCACUGUUCAGAACCAAAUGUUCUGAACGCUGGGGCAGUGGAGUACCGCUUUAAAGCAGCAGGUAAAUUGGAAUGUAUAAGUUCCAUCCACUUGCUGCAGACAUUUUUCCAUGUUGAAAUAUGAGCAUGAUGAAGUUCUGGAUUUUCACUGUACUGUAGUGAAAUAGGAUGAGAAUCUGCAGCGAAAUCUGCAAGUAACACAGAUUUACAUUGAGCUCCGUAGUGUACAAUUUCUGCCACAAUCCGAUCCGGCCUUUCUGUAUUCUCCCUAUUCUGGUGACUUUUUGGUGUCUGUAUCUUAUUUAUUUUUAUGGGUGUAGGAGCCUUUCCCUCCACAUCUGUCUGAUUAUUUGAUAUGCCGAUUUGUAAAUGAAAGAUGCUAAAAACC